CUGCACGCUAGCAUCUAGCUAACCUACGCCAGGCGACUAGGCCUGAUUUUAUGUCGAAAAAGGGUCAUCUUACAAGUAUGUCUGCCGCAGAAAGAAUCCAGGCCAAGGACGCCGCUCACAGUCUUCGGAUCGCAAUUGCUGUCGCUGCCUUGCGGCAUAAGCCUACGGACCAAUCGUACGAAGCAUAUAUGCUCGAUCUGCAAGACAAGUUCCCGCGGAAUUGCGUGCUGCCACCAGACGUGUGGCGAGAACGCGCACUUGCACUCGAGAAAAAAUUACAGGAUGUGCAAACAAAAUAUGACAGCGAACAUAUUGAACUCGAGGCACUGCGCCAGUCCAGCGAACAACCUCCUGUUGGUUCCGAAGCCCAACCCGAAACAAAGACGAUCGGAAAGAAAAAGAAACAACCGAAGAAAGUGGCACGCUCGGCCGAACUUGCUGCCUCAGCUGAGAUCCAUCCGACCUUGCGGACCAUCCUAGACCCAUCGCAAAUUGAUGCGACUCUACCCGCCCUACCGUCAACUGCGCACGUCCUGCGCGCCUUCGAGACCCUCGACCGGCUUCUCUUCAUCUACCCUGGCACCAAGUCCUCGGGCGACAUGUCUUCUACACAACCGCUUCUUGCGGCGGCCAAGCGCGCCAUAGACGCACUGGGCGACAACCUCGCGCGGCUGCUCUCGCCGAGUCCGGAUGCUGUGGCUCAGUCUUCGAUGUCUGCUUCCGACGCUCUGGGUGCACUGGGUACCCUCGCGGAACGCUUGCUUAUCGCCGUAUUGCCACUGUUCAACAACGGAGGCCGCAAGCAUGGGCAGAAUUCGAGGAAGAUCACUGUUACUGCUGAAUGGAACGACGCUGCGCUAGACGAAAUUCUCGGACGGAUGACUACGAUGCUCUUGCUACCCCUUGUCCGAUCUUUUGCGCCCCUGUCUACAAAUUUCCUCUACGCAUUGCUACUCGCCCGGAACAGCAAGAACAACGCCAAGAACAAAGCCACACCGACGGGAACUCGUGCACGCGGAGGCUCACAGGAACCAACCGACAUCCGUCCGGAUGCAUUCACGAUGUUUGACAGGAUCCUGUCGACCCUCGAGUCUCUAUCCGCGUCCGCGCUCGCCGGGGCAGCCCGCGUCGUGCAAAGGAUCAAACACGUUCUGACCAUGGAGGCCGCUCGGGAGCUCGCCGAGCUAUACUCGGACAGCCGCGCGCCGAGCUUGGGCACAAACACCCACGCCGCAGGACGCUCCGUCGCGGAGGCGCGCGCACGUACAGCGAAGGCGAAGUGCAAGUCGUCUGUGCAACACCCUGCAGCGCGUGCUGCCCCUGGGCGUACAACCGAGGACGGCAGCCGGGGACGAACAAGACGAGCUCCUCGAGGAGACCCUCUACGGGAUGUUGUCACGCCUGUUACGAGCAUCACCGCCCUCGCACCUCCCCACCCACGCACCCGCCGACGAAAGGGGUGCAAACGCAGAUGGGCAGGAUCCCGCUGCUGCCGCAGGCACUUUGACGGUGCCCGAGCGCGUCGAUGAGCCUCCUCCCGGGCGCCCGC